AUGGACCAUCAGGGCGCAGGUUUCGCCUUUGACACCAACAUGGAUUUCAGCAACAUGUUCGCGACGCCGCAGCAGCAGCAGUCGUACACGCCAGCGGAUAACACUUCUGGCUUCUUCUUCGCUGACGAGGGUAUCGAUACUUCCGCAUCAUCAUCUUUCAUUGAUCCGGCUGUAUUCGAAACCAACGCUCAGCAGUGCACAAUGCAACAAAGUCUGACCUUGGAUGACACCUCGGCGACCCCAGCAUGGAUGGCACAGCUCACACCUGAUAUGCAGCUCCAACAUACCGCGAAGGCCUACCCACCUACACCACUUCACUCAUUUGAUGCCAUGCCUACGCAGUUCAAUGCGCUUGGCAAGCGGCCGCUGCAGCUUGAGACGCAGGACUACCCUCAGUCUAAGCGUCACGCAAGCUUUGAUUUCCCAUUAUUCCCAACACCUCCUGCAACGACGACAUCCAGCUGGGGUCUGGAGGCGACCCCGCCCGUGGCCGUAGAAGGACUUCCAGAUGAAGCAGCCGAUGUCUGCGCAACGUGGUUCCAUAAAUACAAUGUGCUGCCCAGGCACAUCGACUCACUGAGCCAGCUCACCGGUGAGCCUGCAGAUGCCAUCCGAAGCUGGUUCGGUCAGCUCUUGAAGCAGGGCAUGGGUGGCAACCAGAGCGAUUCGGCCUACAAGUCCCAAACGGCACUCAUCCAACAAGACCGGCAACAGAAGCAGCCGGAACUCUUUUGGGAUGAUCAGACGUACCAAACAGAGCUUUCGGGGGCAUACACUGCUUUCGGGAACACUAUACAACAAGCACUCGGAGAGACUGUUACCCCCGGCUCGUCACCAAAUUGCGACAACACUACCGUCACCGUACAGCCAGCCACCACACGGGGUAAGAAACGGUGCACGCCUACUGAAGACCUGGAGUUGCUCGGUAGGGAUCCCAGAAAAAUUUACCAGUGCACUCGGAAAUGCGGCAAGCGGUAUGGCCGUAAGAAUGACUGGAAGCGGAAUGAGGAAGAAGGCUACCCAUGCAAAUCAUGGGUCUGCAGCCUGUGUACAGUCGGGGGUGUCGAUAACGUUCGACCGUGCUUCAGAAAGUACCACUUUGUCCAGCAUUUCCGCAAUAUCCACCCUGAGAUGAACGCGGAGGACUUCGACGAGGCCAGCACCGUAUACUCCGAGACCGAAUUCCCACGCAAGUGUGGAUUUUGCCGACAUCGCUUCGAGACGAGACAAGAACGAAUAGAUCACAUUGCGGAUCACUUCAAGCAAGGCAAAACUAUGCUUGACUGGCGCGACGAGGAAGACAACGACAGCCUCAAUUCCGCAGACGACGACAAUGACGACGGGCCAGGCGAUGGCGGCUUCGGUGGCAAGCCUUCCCCUCAACCGCCUUUCCAUCCUCAGGGUGACGGUGGCUCCAAACAUACUGGCUCGGGCGGCAGCGGCGGUUCUGCAGGCCAGUCAUCAAGCGGCGGAUUCUUCCAAUUCCAGCUCUCACAACUCGGUGAGAGCCAGUUGUAUUGUGCGGACCAACUUAUCAAACCCACUACACUUUCGCCGAACAUCUCUCAGUCAUCGAUCUCACCUGAAACGACCGAUCAGCAACUACUGCAAAACAGCCACGUUGCUACAGAGGAAAACCACAAGAAUGCUCUGGCCAGCGAUGUGCUCUCCCAGUCCGUGAGGAGUGUACUCCUCAACUCAUCCUCAGGCAGUCGAACGGAUGCUCGACUAUCAGAACACCCUCAUUGGAAGUAUUCCAGGGCUGAUGUAGCCGCUGCUGCUCCAGGGUCAUCCGCCGCACCUCUCUCCAGCCCAGAGUAUCCAGAUAUCCAGCCUUCCGACGCAUCAUUGGAUACGAAGUCAAUCACGUCCACUCAAGACAAUGCAGCCAUGACACUAUUCAGGACAGAAAUGCGUCCAUCAACGACGUCAUUCCUAAGUGUCAAGCUUCUGGGCUCCGGAGGCUUUAGUACAGUCGAUGAAGUCGUGCAUCAGCAGACGGGACUCCACGUCGGUCGCAAGACACUCAAGAACCGUGACCAGACCGCGAUUGCGGAGCUCAAGAAGGAAGUCAGCGUUCUUCAGAAGCUUCGCCACCCUCACAUAAUUCGAUUCCUUGGGGCCUACUCUAGAGGCGACAAGAUGUCGAUCCUCCUCUCACCCGUUGCGGAGACAACGCUUGCAGGAUGGCUCCAGCGAACAGCGCUGCAGAAGCCUGCCAACCUGCCAGAGACUAUUACCAAGAUGUUUGGCUGUCUUGCCUCCUCAGUGAGGUAUCUCCACGAGCAGCGACCUGUUGUCAAGCAUAUGGACAUCAAGCCUCAGAAUAUUUUGAUCGUAGAAGGCGAUCAGGAAUUCCCACACGUCGUGCUCAGCGACUUUGGUGUCAGCUCCGCAGAAGAAGUGGGCGACGACCAGCGCAAGCCGCUAACACGCCAAUACAUCGCCCCUGAAGUCUUUGAGGGCUUUACUCGCAAGCAGGCAGCUGACAUAUGGAGUCUUGGUUGUGUCUUCGCCGAAAUGGCGUCUGUAUCAUUCAGCCAAGGCAACACGGGAUGGUCAGCUUUCCGCAAGACAUUCAGCGGUCGUACUGGCAAACACUACUGGCAGGACGUCUCCGGUAUACAAGACAAGCUUGCCGCAUUCUUGGCUGAGGCAAAUACUACGACGGAGCAGACCGUUGUGCGUACGCUUCAGACCAUGUUGAAUGCCGAUCCAGAUGAGCGGCCGGACGCACGAUCAUUGACCAUGAUCUUUACUCCCGCACCAUGCUGUCUCAACUGGCCGAACGACAAGGCGACAUACCCUGGCCCACAAGAGGAACUCGGCGGAGUAGAGACGCUUGCUCACCAAGGCGGCGACGAAACCUGCUGCCAUUCCCACGCUCACGGCAAGAACAGCACCGAGUCAGAGCCUAGUCUUUGCAAUGCGAAGAUCUGGCUAGACGAGUGUACACACACUCACGAAGCUUGUCACCAUACAGCAGAGCGCGAUGCCAGCAACCUACCCACACGUCUGAUCGAGAUUCUUCCGGGAAGUCCGGGUGAUGCAAUUCGCUCGAGAAUUGUUCAGACCGACAGCCUGAAGUCGUCUACCGAAUAUGUCGCCUUGAGCUACGUAUGGGGCGACAACCAGCCAGUACUCUCCAGCAGCACGCUGUUGAGCAUGCGAAGUGAGCUGCCUCUGGGAACACUCCCGAUGACAGUCGCGAAUGCGAUUGCGACAGCACAUCGCCUGGGCCACAACUAUUGCUGGCUAGAUUCACUAUGUGUGCUUCAAGAUUCGGAAGAAGACAAGCAACAAGAGUGCACGAGGAUGGCGUCCACCUUCCGUAACGCAGCACUGACAGUCGUACUUGACCAGUUGACCGGCGAAGCGGUCAUGUCGGGCAUACCUGAAAAGAACUACCCAGCGUCCUUACUUGGAUCAGCAAACAGCACAAGCCCGACUCCAGGUCGACAGCCGGCUUCUGCCUUGCUGCCAGCUGGCAUCCUGACUACACCCAACUUCGGCUGGGAUACACGUGCAUGGGCGUUACAAGACCGCCUGCUCAGUCGACGCUUCCUUCACUUGGGUGAACAGUUGUACUGGGAGUGCAACACGCUCAAGGCUUCCGAAACCUUCCCUCGCGGUCUCUCAGCACUAGUCUGGGAGAAGGUGCAUACGGAAUCUGAUCAAGGUAUACCGUCUAUGCCAAUCGCUGCUGCAAAUGGGAAUAGCAAGAGCAGCAAUGCAGUCCAGCAGAUGCUGAACGGCCUCGACGACGACUACUUGGACAAUCGGAAAGACCAGACCUGCGGUGCCAACCAUGGGGAGGGGAAGAUGAAGAGAUGA